CCUCCCCAGCCGCCCUGCCGCCAGCAUGAGAGAGAGAGGAAUAGAAAUCACUUGGAAGGGAGCUAGUGAAAAAAUAAAGGGUCAGAAAAUGGAGCUGCAGUAAUUUUCUGAAAGAACUAAAUCGGCGGAAUCAAUCAUUAUUUCUGAUGUGAAGACUUCAUCACUGACAUCUGUAUGUUCAUUUGUCAGCCUCCAAGAAAUAAUACAGCUCAUCAGUGGCGAUAACUGCUUUUGGUGCACGCUGACAUUUAUUUGAAAAAAACAAAUAAACAAAAAAAACCCAACAGACAAAACCCAACAAACCUUUUGAAGACUUGUGUCAAAUGACGUCAAUGGCCAGUUUGUUCUCCUUUACUAGCCCAGCUGUAAAGCGUCUGUUGGGCUGGAAACAAGGAGAUGAAGAGGAAAAAUGGGCAGAAAAAGCUGUUGAUGCUUUGGUAAAAAAGCUGAAAAAGAAAAAAGGUGCUAUGGAAGAACUGGAGAAAGCCUUGAGCAGUCCAGGACAGCCCAGCAAGUGUGUUACUAUUCCCCGCUCUUUAGAUGGACGACUUCAAGUUUCUCACAGAAAAGGCCUUCCCCAUGUAAUUUACUGUCGUGUUUGGCGUUGGCCUGAUCUACAAAGCCAUCAUGAGCUGAAGCCAUUGGAUAUUUGUGAAUUUCCUUUUGGAUCUAAACAGAAGGAAGUCUGCAUCAAUCCAUACCACUAUAAGAGGGUGGAGAGCCCAGUUCUACCUCCAGUGUUAGUGCCUAGACAUAGUGAAUUCAAUCCACAGCACAGUCUACUAGUUCAGUUUAGGAACCUAAGCCACAAUGAACCACAUAUGCCACACAACGCGACAUUUCCAGAUUCUUUCCAGCAACCCAACAGCACUCCAUUUUCCAUUUCGCCAAACAGUCCUUAUCCACCUUCUCCAGCCAGCAGCACUUACCCAAGCUCCCCAGCUAGCUCUGGACCAUCUAGUCCGUUUCAGCUACCGGCUGAUACUCCACCUCCUGCAUAUAUGCCCCCUGAUGAUCAAAUGGGGCAGGAUAAUUCUCAGUCUAUGGACACAAGCAAUACAAUGAUCCCUCAAAUCAUGCCAAAUAUAUCUACCAGAGAUGUUCAGCCUGUUGCCUAUGAAGAACCCAAACACUGGUGUUCGAUUGUGUAUUACGAAUUAAAUAAUCGUGUUGGGGAGGCUUUUCAUGCAUCUUCUACAAGUGUCUUAGUAGAUGGGUUUACAGAUCCCUCCAAUAAUAAAAACAGGUUCUGCUUAGGUUUGCUCUCAAAUGUUAAUCGCAACUCAACAAUUGAGAACACUAGACGACAUAUUGGAAAAGGAGUUCAUCUCUACUAUGUUGGUGGGGAAGUCUAUGCUGAGUGUUUAAGUGAUAGCAGCAUAUUUGUACAGAGCAGGAACUGCAACUACCACCAUGGCUUUCAUCCAACAACUGUGUGCAAGAUUCCUAGUGGAUGCAGUCUGAAAAUUUUUAACAAUCAGGAGUUUGCUCAGCUUUUAGCUCAGUCUGUCAACCAUGGAUUUGAAGCAGUAUAUGAGCUCACCAAAAUGUGCACCAUUCGAAUGAGUUUUGUAAAGGGCUGGGGAGCUGAAUAUCACCGACAAGAUGUCACAAGCACUCCAUGCUGGAUAGAAAUUCAUCUUCAUGGGCCCCUCCAGUGGCUGGAUAAAGUACUUACACAAAUGGGUUCUCCUCUUAAUCCCAUCUCAUCUGUUUCAUAGUGCUGAAAUUUUGUCUUCAGCCUAUUUUUAGCGAACUUAUUCUAAUUCUAGAGAAACUUCCAGUGUGGAUACUGUGAGCUAUAUGGAGAAUGGAUCUUACGGUUUAACUUUUUUUUUAAAUCCCUUUGUGACCAAUUCCAUUGUGUAUAGCUAAUCAGUUUUACAUUUCAAUUUGUUCUUGUGAUGCUUAAGUGACAGUUGAGCCCUAAGGGAAAAAAAGUCUAUUGAAAAAUUCAGAACACUUUUCCCCUCCUUCAAGUAGAACUAAACAGGCAUAUGUCUUAACUGGAAAUUUUUUUUAGUUUUGUCCUGUCGGGACAAGAAUUAUGAAGACUGACUUCAGAAAACAAAUACAUAUCAUAGUUUGGGAUUUUUUUUAACAUUUAUGAAACUGUUUGAACAUGUGCAGCUCCGGCUUGCAAGCUGUAUUUUUAGCGUAGUUUAACAUCUUAAGGUUGACAUCUGUCAUAAGCAAAAUUAGACUUUAUGAUGGCUAAUUUGCCUCAGAUUGAACAAUGUGAUUUUUUUUAAGUGUACACAUGAAAUAUACUUUUUACAAAUAUUGGAGUGAUGUAAAAACACUUGUAUUGUCUAUUGGAAAAUGCUGUCAUAAACACACUGUAUAUUAAUGCAGAAUAGCAGUUCUUAGCCUUUUCCCACUUCAGUUUUGUAAUAGCUCUUUUAACCACCGUUUUAAAUAGUAAUUGAUACAAGGUAAACAUCUUGCACGUUUCUGGAGUAGUAAUUCUUGUUUUGCUUUGAUUUACACUCAUGCCGUUUGGAUUUGGUUGCCAAGGCUAUUUCUUUUUAGGUACCCUUCUCUAUUUUAACAUAAACACUACGAUUUGUAAAUGGCAGUGCUUACUACUUUUUGGAAGGAAUAAGGUUUUUGUUUUCUUUUUGGUGUUCUAGCUGUUUAUUUUGCCUGUCUGGAGUUGAUCUGUGUUAGGCCUUUUAAUCUCUCAGUAGACAUUACGCAGUAUUAGUGAUUACACUGUAUUUAAUUCACUUUCAGUAUGAGUUUGAGUCUCUUUGAAGACUGUGAGUGGCUUAGCAAAUUAGUAACUGAAUGCAGAAGCUUUUACUUCCAGAUCAUGUAAUUUAAUACAGACCUGUUGGUAAUGACCAAAAGUAAUCACUUCUUUGUAGCCUACAUGAAACAGUGGUCUUGAUCCUGUCCCUGAUGGCAGGUCUUCAAUCAGAAGACUCGUAACUGUAGUUGGCAGCUUGAUGGGAUUGAAGGACUGCAUUAAUAUGAUGAUGAAAUUUCUCUCUCACAUGUAAAGAAUCCUGUUGCCUGUGCUGUUGUAUUACUCAGUAGAGAAUUUAAACACUGUACUAAACACUAAAAGAAAUCAGUUAAAUAACGUAUGCGUAUUUUUCCCCUUUUAAAUAAUUAAAAAAGGAGGCUGAAAGAAACAUUCUAAGAGAAUUAGAAGUGAAUUAUAUACAAAAUUUCUUUGCAUGCCGAAAAAGACCUGUUGUAUUUUUUAACUUCUCACCCUCCUUUUUCUCUUUUCCUGAACACUUCUUCAGAAAAGGGUUCAGUGUUUGGGGGAGAGGCUGAAAACUCUAAAAUGCAAAUACUUAUUAAAAGAUGUGUUGCAGUUAAUUACUGCAAUCCUGAGACAUUGAUUGCUUACACAAGUUAUUGUGUCGUCUGUUGAAUGACAGUUUCUGCUCAAAUGUGGAAAUCAUGCAUCAUAUGGUACCUAAGUAACAAAUGAUCUUAAAGGAAUAAAAUUGUUUACGUGUCAUUAAAAUGUUUCUUAUGAAAUGCCUUAAAGGAAUAAACUGUAACACUUCUGCAGAACCCUAAUGUUCUCUUGUACAGGAAUUUCUAUAUUACUUGGUGUUUUGGUUUCUUUGGGUUUUUUUAAGCAGUUUCUCAAGUGUGUUUAAAAACAAACAAGUGCAUCUUCAGGAGAAGGGGAAUAACAUUAUUUGCCGCUCACCUUUGGGUCUUCUCUUUCAUUCUUUGCAACUGCAACCCACAGAUGGUUCUUUUGAUCGAAUAAGAUGCGAAGUUCGUUGGCCACAGGAUGAGGCUUCUAUUUUCUUCUCCCUGGGCCUGACUUUUGUCGAGUUGCUGAAUAUGUAUAUUUGACACUACAGGAUUUUUUUUUUUGUCUUGUCUAGCUUUUAUAAUAAAUGUCAUGGCACAUUGGAUUAAGGAAAGAUCUUAGCUGUAGGUACAAGAUUUUACUUUAUCCAAAAUGUUUUUCACCUGGCUUCAUCUCUGUUCACUUGUAUGUUUAGAUGUGGCCAACUAAAUGACUCAAGAAUGGGUGCUGAAGUGGGUGUUUAUGAGCCAGAGCUGGUGCUUAGUAUUGUGGUUAGAUUGGCUUACCCGUGCACUGAACCAUAAUUUCUGCAGUAAUAUCCAGUUAACCCACUUCUGAUGCUGUCAUUAACUACUAAAGUACUCUGGCAUUUUUCUGCUUGUGUACAUAUUCUUGAACUGUAAUAUAUGCAGUGCUGGGGAUAUCCUUGUGACUGCUGAUUUUGCCAGGGUAGGCUUGCAAGAGCAGACCCGGUAAGGUUUGUCUAUGUUCUACGUUUCUGUUCCUUUUAAGUAGGACUUCUUGAGAGCUUUCUGGUUAGCAAAUUUUGUGUGCUACUGGUUCAUGGUGUCUCUAAUCAUGUUUAGUUUAUCUGUGCUGCUGAUACAAAAUUCAGGUAUCAAUGCACAGGGGGAUUGGAUGAGAACUGUUUGAGCCUAAUGAUGUUUUAAGUGUAGCAAUAGUAAAGAGUGCUGCUUCUGUUGCAGCAUACUUGUGUAUAAGUCACUUCUUGAUCUAGAUGGAAGGAUGGAGAAAUUGAAUCAGCCAGUAGUGUGGUAGUGGAAGAUGGAGCCUUUCCAGUAUAGCCCAGCUUAGACUGAAUGUUACUCUUCAGUGAAAACUGUUUUGGCUUUUGUAGUGUAAGUAUUUUCUUCUUUUUGGGCGUCUUUCUACUUUGCACCAACCACAGCAUUAACUAACGGCUUUGGCAAUACCAGCAAAGAGCCUAGAACAGGCAUAUACUGAAGUUCUUUGUGGGUUUGCUUUUAUAGUCGCUAAGAUAAGAUAGUAGCUUGGAUAUUCCUCCUUAGAGGACUUCAGUCUUGCUGGCAGUCAGUCCAGUGCCUUGCGUAAGUAUUACAUUCAUUUAAUUGCAUUAGGCAUGAAGUAGUUGUACGUGAAGGGAUGACAUUGGGUUAUGGUAUCUAUAGGACCAAAAUAAAACUUUCUAGUAUGACUGACUGAUGAGAGACAAAUCUAACGGAACAGCCCAUUAGUUAAAAGAAUGAUGAAACAGCCCAUGUGUUAUGAUUUGGUGUAGAAUUGUUUAAAAUAUUGGAAUUCUUUCGGGUUUUGCUUGAAGCUAUGAUUUCCCCCCCCUAGUAUUACAAUGUGAAAGUUGUCAAUUCUUGGGCAGAUGCUCUUGCAGUGUAAGUCUAGAGAACAUGAAAAUGUGUCAGGCUUUCCUCCUAGUUUGAAAUAAUUUUUUUCAGGAUAUUUAGUUGCCCAAAGUAUCGCUGCUGAUGGUUUUUAGGGGCAAAAAACCCUCAAACCCACAACCCACAAAAACAAACCGAAGUGUCUUCUAAAUGUUUUGCUUCAAAGGACAAACACGUGACUAACUUUUUUUUGUAGUUGUGAAACUUCUGUUUAGGAAGGUAACCCAUUCUGAGUUCAAAUCAGUAGACCAAACCAUCAGAUUACAACAUAAUGUUGCUUUAUUGUGCUGCUCCAUAAACCUGCUUCUGUGUUUGUUGCAAGCAUAACCUUUAUGCUUUUGUUUACAUUGUAGGAAACACAGUUCUAGCAAUGAGUUUUUUCAUUUAACUCUAAACAUCUUUUUAUUUUGUUAAUUUUAAAAUUAUUAGGUUUUGCUAUGUUAUGUUUUUAAAGAUAUUUUUUGCAUACUGCUGCUCAUAUUUCAAUAAACA